UUUGUACCGGACACUCCUUUCUGUUUUUAUUUGUUUAACAGCGUGCCUUUUAAUAGGCCUAAUGCAGGCUAGUUUCCAAGGAAUGUCGCAUUACACCGAGUGACUCUGCACCAGUUAGUGUCGAUUUGAAAAGUGAAUGAACCGAACUCAGGCAGCUUGAGAUUGAAAGCGGUACCUUCAAUUUCCGAUUAUGGCCCCACGACCUGAAGUGGGUUUUUUAUUAGUCGCCCAUGGCCUUUUGUUCCUGGCCGUCGUGACGUCAGCACUGGACAAGGGCGAGGUCCUGGACAUGUCCUAUGCGUUUGGCGACACCACCUUGUAUUGGCCAGGUCUCGGAUCAUUUGAAAUGGACAUUCUAUCACGGGGACCAUCGGGAGAUAUACCAUGGUUCGAGGCCAACUCCUUCUCAGGUGCAGAGCAUGGCGGGACUCACUUGGAUUCCCCGGCCCAUCUCUCUCAAGGCCAACUGCGCGUUGAUGCCAUACCAGUCGACAAGUUUGUCGGUCCGGCCCUUCGAGUCGACAUAGCUGACAAAGCCAAUGUGAACGAGGACUACCAACUGACGGCCCAGGAUCUACAAGACUGGGAAGGGGUCCACGGUAGGAUUCCGGACGGCUCCUUGCUCUUCGUCUACACCGGUUGGGGAGCCUUCUACCCGGAUCGCUUGGCUUACUUCGGCUCGGCACGCAACGACACCUAUCUGAAUGACCAAGGGGAAUCGCUGCUCCACUUCCCGGGCGUGGCGCCCGAGGCAGCCACGUGGCUGGUGGAGAACCGCAAGAUCUCGGGCCUCGGAAUCGACACGGCAUCCAUGGACUACGGACAGAGCACCGUUUUUAUGAGCCACCAGAUUCUUUUCGGGGCCAACAUUUAUGGUAUGGAGAAUGUGGCCAACUUGGAUCGCCUGCCUAACACGGGGGCUAAGGUGCACGCACUCCCCAUGAAAAUUAAGGACGGGAGCGGUGCCCCAAUACGCAUCACCGCCAUGUUGGAUGAGGAGUGUACCUCGGGGGCAGCGAUGCUGUCGCCAGCAAAAGCCGCUUUUGUUGCACUGCUGGGUUUGGCUUUGUUUGUUUUAAAGUACUAAAAGCCAUUUGCUGAUCGCGAUUUUUGUUUUGCUACAAAACAAUUACAUACAGUCGAGUCUCGUUAUGACAAACUCGUUCGGACCUUGCCAAAUUGUUUGUUAUAUCAGAAUUUUGUAUUAAGAGAAACAUCAGUCCCAUUCAUUGUGCACAUAAAUGCACAGUCGGGACCAAGGCUUUAUGUUUGUUAUAACCAGAAUUUUGUAUUAACAGAGUUUGUACUAACAAGAGUCGACUGUACUAGGAGUUAUGCUCUAUAGUUUUUACCCAUGGUUGUGGUUUUAAAGUUUACAAGUAAGUGAGCAACCCUUAAUUGAAUUUCUAGCUCGUACUGUUCCCUGUAGAUUUAAGGGAAUAUACAGUCGAACACCUUUAUAACAAGGUCCUUGGGACUUUACGAAUUACCUUGUUGUAACAGGUACCUUGUACUAAGAGUAACGGAAAACAAAGAGAAACAAAGACUUGGGACCUAAAGUUUUGCUUGUUAUAAGCAGUACGUUGUAUCAACAGUGCUCUUCUUAUCAGGGUUCGACUGUAAAUGCCAUACUUUUCGCUUGUGGUGGUGGUGGUGGCGCUGUUGAUCGCGCACUUUAUGAAUAGAUGUAUUUCCUUCAAAUAAUCAUGGUUUUUUUUUCAAUAUUACCAUCCUUAAUUUGUUACUUUUAGCAUACAAUUAAAAGUUUUAGUGUUGCAUUUUGGAUGAAACGCGAAAAAUUCAA